GACCGGACAGCGAGACCCCCGAUUAUCAGUCAUAGCGGCUGAUAGUCCGAUUCAAGUCACAUCACUUGUUUUAUGUGAGCUGUCUGCCUCUCUCACCCUUCACAAGCUGCCGCCGCCGCCGCCAAGUUCUCUUCCUCCUCUCUUCUCUCCCGCAAGUUGCAGGCAGAAGGAAGACGACGGUUCAGCCAUUCGGCCGGGCCUUUUCUUCAGACCCGGUGCUAAGAUCGGCGGUACCUUCCCGGCGAGCGUCUUCCUCUAUCGGCGUCGACUUCUCAUGGCGAAUCAGCCGACGUUCACCUCCGCACUGUGCAAGAGAAGCCCGAUCCAUCUUCUCUCUCGGCCAGCCUCGCGUUCACCGGCUCGACGCUCUUCGAGUCCACAACCUCGCUAGCGACGCUCUUCGAGUCCACAACAUACAGUGCCGGAACGCCAACAUCAGCAGCCAGAAGGCCACUGACCACCACCGCAACCACCACGAUGACAUACAACACCCACCCGUUCCAGCUGUUGGAGAUCAACGUGAUCUCGGCGCAGGACCUGGUGCCCGUGUCGAAGUCAAUGAAGACGUACGCGGUGGUGUGGGUCCACCCGGAGCGCAAGCUGAGCCCCAAGGUCGACCAUGGAGGCAACAUCAACCCCCAAUGGAACGAGAAGUUCGUCUUCCGCGUCGACGAAACCUUCCUCAAUGCUGACACCUCCUCCGUCAUGAUCGAGAUCUACGCCGCCUCCUGCUCCGCGACGUUCAGAUCGGCUCCGUCCGCGUACUCAUCAGCAACCUCUUCCACUCUGGCAACCAUAACAACCACAACAACAACAACGCCAAGAUGCGUUGAUCGGGUUUGGGGAUUUGGAUGGAAAUUCGGGUGGUUGAUCGGCCAUCCAUUGCUGUCGUGGCGGUGGAGGAGAAAGAAUUUGGGGGUGUUAGAUAAUCAUCAUAAAUCCAGCGUGGUGGGUGUUAAUUAGUAGAUAAUUAACAGGAAUUAAAGUAUUAACCCCAUUUGUCGAUUGCUUGUUUAUUAUCAUAUUCAAAAGCUCGACGUGGAAGGAAUCCAAUGAUCAGAGAGAGCGCAGAGCAAAACUAGGAUUCUGGGUUGAUUUUUUUUUUUUCUAUUUAGCAUGUAAAGCAUGUUCGAGAGACUAUAUAUCAUUGUUAAGGGGUUUUAAAUGUAUUUUAGUGUAAUAUUGUGUUUAUCCUAUGCCUUUAGGAGUUAUUGAUAUGCAGAUCACUAGUCUUUAAUAAACACACCAGAAACCUCCUAAUGCAUACCAUAAAUCCAUUAAAACAUACUAGAAAUUCCACAAAGCAAACCACAAAUCCAUUAAAACAAACCAACAACCCCACAAAUCAAACCAUAAAAUUUUCGAAAGCACACCAUAAACCUCUUAAUGCAAACCAGAAACACAAUAAAGCAAACCAGAAAUCUCCGAAUGCAUACCACAAAUCUCCUAAAGCAAACCACAAACCUCACAAAGCAAACCACCACAUUUGCGAAAGCACACCAAAAACCUCCUAAUGCAAACCACAAACACAGUAAAUCAAACCACAAAAAAGCAACCAUAAACGUCCCAAUGCAAACCACAAAUAUAUUAAAACAAACCAGAAACCCCUCAAUGCAAACCACAAAGUUUUUCAAAACAAACCAGAAACUUCUUAAUGCAAACCACAAACACAAUAAAGCAAACCAGAAACUUCUCAAUGCAAACCACAAACACGAUAAAGCAAACCACAAAAGACAUACAAAAAUAUGAGAAACCAAACCAUAAAUCUCACAAUGCAGACCAUAACAUCCGGUGGUCGUUGGCCGUUGACCAAACUCUGAUGACCAUCAGUGAGUAGAUUCCGGCGCCGAUAGACAUAUUCCGGCUCUGAUGACUAGAUUCCGACAUCGGUAAGCAUAUUCCGACCACGGUGAGCAUAUUCCGGCGACAGUGGCAUAUUCCGAUGACAAAAUAGCAUAUUCUGGCGACAAAAAGCAUAUUCCGGUGACCGUCGACCAGAUUCCGGCGACCGAUGGCCGAAUUCCGGUGACCACAAUUUUGGGCCGAAAAUAAAAAAAUAUUUUUUAUAUUUUUUAUUAUCAUUUAAACAUAUUUUUCAUAAUGACAAUUAUACCCCUGCUUUGAUUUUACACUAGGUCAACUCAUCUAAUAAAAAGUCAUCACACCCUACAUUCCUAUUGGUUGGAGACUAGUAUUGUUAGAAUAACAACACAAAGAGUGUUGUCAUAGUAUCUAGUCCCGUUAAUGAUUGGUCGGUAUGUUUGGAUUGUGCGACAACAAUGAAAUUAAUGUUGUUUUUUUAACCAGUACCCCUUUUGGUUUUGUGAAUUUGCCGAUUUGCAGUGUGUUAACCAAUUUGGGGAGAGUCAGGAUAACAAAAUUGGAUUAGUUUGCUUGAAUUUGUAGUGUGUUUAACCAAACUGUUGUUUAUUUUUUGAUUGUUAUGCUGAUUGGCAUGAUUGUAAAAGUUUGGUUUUGGUUGCAGCUGCAUUAUGUAGCAAUGAAGAGCACCACUGACUGAGUCAGAGAAGUACUAUGUUAGACAACGGUGUAAUGACAAGAAUUUCCAUCCUUAUAAGCUCUGUGAAUUUAAGAUCAUUUUCCGUGCUUGAUUAGUGGGGUUAAUUGCCUUGCUGCUGCUAGCGGUGCUCUCGAUCGGCCAGUCUCUCUUGAUUUAUUUAAAUAAUUAGUUUCCCAGUUGUAGCCUUUCCGGCGGGGCUCAAUAUAGGGUGCAUAACCAUGGGUUAUGCAUUCAUUAAUAACCAAAUCUGGGCCAUUCAUUUAGAAAAUUAAAGAUCAUUUUUAUUUUCUCUAGUUUUCUUAAUCGGCUCAUAUCUUUUUCGUUUUAACUCGGAUUUUAAUUUUUUUUUUUGCGCAGGUGGAACGAGUUCAUCGUGCUCUACAUAAUGAGAUCAAUUUUCAAUAUUUUUUUAGAACAAAAAAUUCUGGCCUCUCGGUACCAACUGCAUACCAUAUGGUAUUUUCUUCAUUUUUAAUUCGUUUUUGAAAAUGUUUGCACAGAAGGGACGAGUUCAUCAUGAUAUAUUGGAUCUACAAAUUUCUGGGUGAACAAAUUACAGGACCAAAAAAUAUCACACAAUACCAUACAAUACCACCCUGGUACGGGGUGGUAUUGUAUGGUAUCUUCUUCUUUUUUAAUUCGUUUUUGAAAACGUUUGCACAGAAGGGACGAGUUCAUCAUGAUCUAUUGGAUCUACAAAUUUAUGGGUGAACAAAUUACAGGACCAAAAAAUACCACACAAUACUAUACAAUACCACCCUGGUACGGGGUGGUAUCUUGUGGUAUACAAUGUUAAAAGUCGUAAAUGACAAUUAAUAUAUUUCUACUAUCAUGUAUUCAACCAUCCUACAGUCUUGGUUUGUUCAUACCACCAUGGUACUUUUUUAAAACCAUAGGUAUGCUUUUCUUUCAAUAUUAGUCAAUACCAUAUGGUAUAGACUGGUAAAAAUUGGCUCAAUUUUUUUUGUUCGAAAAAUAUAUUAAAGUGGAUAUUAUUUUGAAAAGCACAAUUAAUCUGAUCUAACUGUACAAAAAAAAUUAAAUUUCGACUUAAAAUGAGUGAGAAAUCGUCAUUCAAAGAUUAAAGAGGGAAGAAUUAAAGGCUUUCCAGGAGAGAGGAUGCUGAUGUGAACGGGUUACUCAUAGUUAUUCACCACAAGGUUACUCACCGGAUCUUCUCCCUUCCGGCGGAACACCUCUCUCCGACAUGUGGAGGGGUCUGCAAUUUACGGUAACUUUUGGUUAGUUAAAUCUUUUCCUUAUUAUCAGCAAGAAAUUAAACUUUUUCUG